AUGGAGCGCCAAGAAGAGGGCCUGCUCAGCGAGCUGGAGGCAUUUAAGAAAGAGGAGGCAGAGCUUAUGGCGGAGCUUGAACGUCAACGGCAGCUGGAGGAGCAGCUUCAGAAGGAGGAAGACGACUUCUGGAUCAAAGUUGCGGAGUGCCAGCUGGACAUUGAAGAGACAGAAGAGGAGCGUGCUGCCACAUCUGCAGCCAUCCGAUAUGCCUCGGCUGAGCUUACCCGGCUCCGCAAGACGAACGUGCUGAAUGAGAUGUUCCACAUCUCCCAGGACGGGCCCUUUGGUACCAUCAACGGCUUCAGGAUGGGGCGUCUGCCUGAACAGCCAGUGCCAUGGGAAGAGGUAAAUGCGGCAUGGGGGCAAGCAUGUCUCCUGCUAGAUGCCCUGGUUAAGAAGGCCAAGUUGCCAACUGCGCAAUCUCAGUACAGGCUAGUGCCCCGUGGCAGCCACUCGACCAUCAAGGUUGGUGGCAAAGACUUCGAGCUCUACGGCUGUGACGGAGGGCUGUCUAGCUUCUGGGCCGCAUCCCAGUUUGGCUCUGCCAUGCAUGCCUUCCUGUGUUUCAUGCAGGAGGUUGUGAGCUUUCUGCAGAGGAGCGCUCCUCUGCAGUUGCCUUUUAAAAUCGAAAGGGAUAAGGUCGGCGGUUGCUCCGUCAAGGGCAGCCAGUUCGACCAAGAGCGGUGGACGAAGGCUUUGAAGUUCCUUCUGAUGGACUUGAAGUACCUCAUCGCCGUCAUCGAGUCGCGUGACUUUGCAGCUUCGAGAAGCAGCUCAACAGCCACGUCUUGA